UCAAAGUUAGACACAGCGGUUUCUCCUUAACAAAAAGUUGACCUCCUCCCUCUAACUGAUGGUUUCUCUGUUACACUUGAGGAAGACAUAAAUUAAUUGCUAAAUAUAAGCGUGUAUAUUUUCAACCUGGGCGAGGACUCACUUUUAAGAUGCUCAAAGUCCACUGUCAGUGAAACCAAGCGCCUGUGUGGAGAGAGGGAAGCGACAGGAAGAGGAGACGCGCUUUAACGCGGCGGUGCGGCCUGACAUCUUUCACUGUGAGAGCGGAGGCGGCGCCGGGCACCUGGACGGUCUGAAGGAUGGCUGGAUGCUGCACAUCGGCGGAGGACAGAGAGAACCAGCGGAUCAACGAGGAGAUUGAGAAACAGCUCCGGAGAGACAAGAAGGAUUCGCGCAGGGAGCUGAAGCUGCUGCUGUUGGGUACCGGAGAGAGUGGAAAGAGCACUUUUAUCAAACAGAUGAGGAUUAUCCAUGGAGGAGGCUACACAGAGGAGGACAAGAGAAGCUACGCCAAACUGGUCUAUCAGAACAUCUACACGUCCAUGCAGUCCAUGAUCCGAGCCAUGGAGAUGCUCAGUAUACCCUUCUCAGACUCCCAGAACCAGAGCCAUGCAAACUCUAUCCUGGAGGUGGAGGUGGAUAAGGUGGAUAAAUUAGAUGAAAACCAUGUGGCGGCCAUCAAGAGUCUAUGGAACGACACAGGAGUGCAAGAGAGCUACGACCGACGCAGAGAGUACCAGCUCUCCGACUCCACCAAAUAUUAUCUUACCGAUCUGGAGCGCAUUGCACAGCCCUCUUAUGUGCCUGACCUGCAGGAUAUCCUUAGAGUCCGAGUGCCUACCACAGGUAUCAUAGAAUACCCCUUUGACAUGGAGAACGUCAUCUUCAGGAUGGUGGAUGUUGGGGGUCAGAGGUCAGAGAGGAGGAAGUGGAUCCACUGCUUUGAGAACGUCACCUCCAUCAUCUUCCUGGUGGCGCUCAGCGAGUACGACCAGGUCCUGGCCGAGUGCGACAACGAGAACCGCAUGGAGGAGAGCAAGGCCCUGUUCAAGACCAUCAUCACCUACCCCUGGUUCCAGCGCUCCUCUGUCAUCCUCUUCCUCAACAAGACUGACAUCCUCGAGGAGAAGAUUAUGUAUUCUCACCUAGUCACCUAUUUCCCAGAAUUCACAGGACCUCAGCAGGACGCUAAAGCAGCUCAAGAGUUCAUCUUGAAGAUGUACCAGGAACAAAACCCCGACAAGGAGAAGACACUUUACGCCCACUUCACCUGCGCCACAGACACUGAGAACAUCCGCUUCGUCUUUGUGGCUGUCAAAGACACCAUACUGAGGCACAACCUGAAAGAGUUCAACCUGGUGUAAGGAGGAAUGGAUAGAUAGACAGAUACAUGCCUCUCAGCUGCUGCACCCUUCCACAAACAAAGACAAACAUCCAGCAACAACAACAUUG